AUGAGAAAAGAAAAUGAAAAUGAAACCCCUGUUUACGGUAACGUGUGCAAGAGAAAACUGAGAAGGAAACGUCAGAGAUUACUUCUGACGGAGCUGUUUCUAGACUUUUCUAAGAAUACAACUCUGCAUGGCUUGAGAUACAUUACGCAAAUUGGCCUCGAAACUAUAGAAAAAAGAUCCCAUGGACACAGCGGAGAUGGUCGACCAGAAAGCAAAAAAGAUUUUAAAAUCGAAAUAACAAAAUAUAAGGAUAGACCGAAUCAGAAAGGAUAA